AAACAAAAUGAAAUUAUAACUCCUGUCAAACACACCAUCAUUACACGAAAGGUUAUCACUAUCCGUCAUAUUCGCACACUUACUAAUCAUCAAGAUGAUGAUGGUUGUAUUGCCCUAAAUGAAAAGGUUGCUGAAUACUAUGGCUUCAAAAGUGUUGAUGAAUGUUUACAACACUUGCGAAAAUUCUUUAAAACAGAGCGUAUCACUAAACUUCAUCAUAACGUUUGGGUAACUGCGUGCACAAUUUGGUACCUACGUUUGGUUGCCGUUGAUCAUCGACCUGAUUGGGUCGCUAAUUAUGAGAAAUCAUCCAGUUGGUUAACAAAACAAUGCAAUGGAGAUACUAAUCUCGAGAAUGAAAUAAUGGAAUGUGCCAAAAAUUUCGUUGUACAAAGAUAUCAAGUUGAUAAAGAAGCUAUUGCAGCUGAUAAUAGCUUCGUUGCAGCUGUUAAAACUAAAGAUGAGGCAAUUAGACAAGAAAAGAUCGUAGAGAAGAGACGAAUGACAGCAAACAAAAAUCGCAGACAAAUCUCUUUAUCUGGAACUAAGGUUACUCAAAAAACUACUACUGUUGAGGAUGUUAAAAAAUUCAUUACUUAUCGUACAAAGGAUGGUGGAUUUAAAAUUACCGAUGAGCUUGCACAACAACUUGGAUUCCUUAAUAAAGAAUCCUUGGAAAUAGCAUUACGUAGUCACUUUAUUUCUAACGACUUGGAGAAACUUCCUAGUGACAUUUUGGCCACUGCUGUAGCGAUAUGGUAUUUCCGUUUGUUGGGUGUAGAUCAUCGUCAACAUUGGUCCACUGAGUGCGAUGAUUUACAUAAAUGGUUAAGUUUACAAAUUAAAAAUCCUCAAAUCGAACGUGAACUUUUGGGAUCUGCUAAAGAUUUUGUAAUCACAAAAUAUAACAUCGAUGAUGAAGUUAUCGGACUUGAUACUCCAUACCAAGAACAUUUGAACCGUGAUACAGACAUCGAAAGUGCCAAAUCUAUUGUUAUAGACAAUAAAGAUAAAGCAUUUAGAACAAAAAUUGAUGAUGCAGUCGAUAAAAACGUCAAGAAAUCUGAAGAGCCAAAAUCUGAAGAGCCAAAAACCGUACCAUCUAAAAUUAAAAGCUUUAUUGGCAAUCUCUAUGAUGAAGCUACUAAGCUUGAAGAUGAUAUUGAACAGGCCCUUGGAUUUAAUAAAGAUAAACUUGAUGAUCAUGAGAAAGCGGAGGCACUUGUUAUUGUUGAAUCAACCUCUCCCGAAAAAUGCAAAGAAAUUGUCGCGGAUCAAAAAGAUGAUGGUUGUAUUGAAUUAAGUGAUACAGUUUGUAAAGAACUGGAUGCACCUAAAGAAGAAAUUAUUAAGACAAUUAAAAAGAAACUUACUCAUAGCAAACUUCAAUUACCCGACCUCUCAUCAAGCCUUGCAACUGCAAUUAACGUUUCAUAUCUUAAGAAAGCUGCAUCUCAACAUGAAGGUGAAUUGAAAGAUAAAUAUAACAAAGCCCGCGAAUAUCUCAAAAAACAAAUAGGAGAUGAAAAUGCUGUAAAAGAACUUUUAGAAUGCGCGGAUGAUUAUGUGGUUGAAAAUUGUAUUAAGAAGACGAUUAAAGAUAAAAAGAGGAAUGCCGUAGCUACGGUUCAAAAACAAGCCACGCUAGAAAAAUGUGACGAUGUAGUAUCUAAGCAAAAUAAUGACGGGUCUCUAGAAUUGAGCGAGACAAUUUGUAAAGAAAUGGACGUUCCAACUACUAAAGUAGUAACUGAAGUUAAAAAAGGUACACAAAAUAAGAAGCUUAGAUCACCCGAAUCAGAGCCAUGUUGGAAGACAGCACUUUCUCUUAGCUACCUUAAUAUCGCCGCACCACAUCAUAAAAAACGAUGGGAAGAUAAAGAUAAGAAAGCUCGCGAUUACCUUUCUAAACAAAUUGGAGAUAAGGAUGCUGAAAAAGAAUUAUUAGAUUGCGCUAAUAAAUACUUUGUUGAUAAUAUUACUAAAAAGGUUGAAAAAGAUCAUAAGAAAGAUGCUGCAAUUGCUGUUGUUCAAGAAUCAGCUUCUCCCGAUAAACAUAAAGACAUUGUAUCUAAACAAAAUAACGAUGGCAGCAUUGAGCUUGAUGAUGAAAUAUGUAAGGAAUUAUAUGCUCCUAAAGAAGAAAUUAUUAGUACAAUUCAAAAGAAGAUUACUAAUAAAAAACUCAAAUCACCCGAGCUUAAAUCUAGCCUUGCAACUGCUGUUAAUAUAUCAUAUCUGAAAAAUGCAGCGUCUAAAUACAAAGGUGAAUGGGAAGAUAAAUAUAAUAAAGCUCUUGACUAUCUUUCCAAACAAAUUGGUGAUGCCGAUGCUGAAAAAGAAUUGUUGGAUUGUGCUGAUGAGUUUGUAGUUGAAAAGACUACAGAAAAAGUGAUUGAAGAAAAGAAACGAGAUGUAAUUGAUCUUAAGAAAGAUGACAUACCGAAAGAGGAAAAACCUAAAGCUAAAAGCUUUUUCGGUGGUAUUUAUGAAGCAGCUGUUAAACUCGAAGAUCAAUUUGAAAAAGCUCUUGGGUUUGAUAAAGAUAAACUUGAUGAUCAUGAGAAAGCGGAAGCACUCAUAGUCGUUGAGGAAGCAGCCUCUCCUGAGAAAUGCAAAGAAAUCGUUGCGGAUCAAAAAGAUGAUGGCUGUAUUGAAUUAAAAGAUACUGUUUGUGACGAACUAGAUGCACCUAAAGAAGAAAUUAUUAAGACAAUUCAAAAGAACAUUACUAAUCCGAAACUCAAAUUACCCGAGUCAAGUCUUGAAACUGCUGUUAACCUUUCAUACCUUAAGAAAGCUGCACCUAAACACGAAGAUGUAUGGAAAGACAAAGCUGACAAAGCUCGUAAAUAUCUCUCUGAUCAAAUAAAAGAUAAAGAUGCCGAAAAAGAACUUGAAGAAUGUGCGGACAAUUAUGUAGUUGAUAAUUGCAUUAAGAAGGUGAUUAAAGAUAAAAAGAGAAAUGCAGUCAUUACGGUGCAGGAGUCUGCCACACCAGAAAAAUGUGGCGAAAUAAUUUCUAAUCAAAAGGAUGACGGAUCUUUUGAAGUUAGUGAGACAAUUUGUAAGGAAAUUGACGUUCCAGCUACCAAAGUAAUAACUGAAGUGAAAAAAUGUACACAAAAUCCGAAGCUUAGAUCACCAGAAUCAGAACCAUGGUGGAAGACAGGACUUGCUACUAGCUACCUUAAU